GCGGCGGCGGGGCCCGAGCCCGAGAAGAUGGCGGUGCGGAAGAAGGACGGCGGCCCCAACGUGAAGUACUACGAGGCCGCGGACACCGUGACCCAGUUCGACAACGUGCGGCUCUGGCUCGGCAAGAACUACAAGAAGUACAUACAAGCAGAACCACCAACCAACAAGUCUCUGUCUAGCCUGGUGGUGCAGUUGCUCCAGUUUCAGGAAGAGGUUUUUGGCAAACAUGUCAGCAAUGCACCGCUUACUAAACUGCCGAUCAAAUGUUUCCUAGAUUUCAAAGCAGGAGGAUCCCUGUGCCAUAUUCUUGCAGCUGCCUACAAGUUCAAGAGUGACCAGGGAUGGCGGCGUUACGAUUUCCAGAAUCCAUCACGCAUGGACCGCAAUGUGGAAAUGUUCAUGACCAUUGAGAAGUCUUUGGUACAGAACAAUUGCCUGUCUCGACCUAACAUUUUCCUGUGCCCAGAAAUUGAGCCCAAACUGCUAGGGAAAUUAAAAGACAUUGUUAAGAGACACCAGGGAACUGUCUCCGAGGAUAAGAGCAACGCCUCCCAUGUUGUGUAUCCUGUCCCAGGGAACCUAGAGGAAGAGGAAUGGGUACGGCCAGUCAUGAAGAGGGAUAAACAAGUUCUCCUGCACUGGGGCUACUAUCCUGACAGCUACGACACGUGGAUCCCAGCGAGUGAAAUCGAAGCAUCUGUGGAAGAUGCUCCCACUCCUGAGAAACCUAGGAAGGUCCAUGCGAAGUGGAUCCUUGACACUGACACAUUCAAUGAGUGGAUGAAUGAGGAAGACUAUGAAGUCAGUGACGACAAAAGCCCAGUCUCCCGCAGAAAGAAGAUCUCAGCCAAGACGCUGACGGAUGAGGUAAACAGCCCGGAUUCAGACAGACGAGACAAGAAGGGGGGAAACUACAAGAAGAGGAAGCGUUCUCCCUCUCCUUCGCCAACUCCAGAGGCUAAGAAGAAGAAUGCUAAGAAAGGACCCUCAACACCCUACACCAAGUCAAAGAGAGGCCACAGAGAAGAGGAGCAGGAAGACUUGACAAAAGACAUGGACGAACCCUCUCCUGUCCCAAAUGUGGAAGAGGUGACACUCCCCAAAACAGUCAACACUAAAAAGGACUCCGAGUCGGCCCCAGUCAAAGGCGGCACCAUGACUGACCUGGAUGAACAGGACGAUGAAAGCAUGGAGACCACGGGCAAGGAUGAGGAUGAGAGCAGCACGGGCAACAAAGGGGAGCAGACCAAGAACCCAGACCUGCAUGAGGACAACGUGACCGAGCAAACCCACCACAUCAUCAUCCCCAGCUACGCUGCCUGGUUUGACUACAACAGUGUCCAUGCCAUUGAACGGAGAGCUCUUCCUGAGUUCUUCAACGGCAAGAACAAGUCCAAGACUCCAGAGAUCUACCUGGCAUAUCGGAAUUUCAUGAUUGACACUUAUCGACUGAAUCCCCAGGAGUAUCUAACAUCCACUGCCUGUCGGCGGAACUUGGCUGGUGAUGUCUGUGCUAUCAUGAGGGUCCAUGCCUUCCUGGAACAGUGGGGUCUUAUUAACUACCAGGUAGAUGCUGAGAGUCGGCCAACCCCAAUGGGGCCUCCACCCACCUCUCACUUCCAUGUCUUGGCGGACACGCCAUCAGGGCUGGUUCCUCUUCAGCCGAAGCCCCCACAGGGCCGCCAGGUUGAUGCUGAUACCAAGGCUGGGCGGAAGGGCAAAGAGCUGGAUGACCUGGUGCCAGAGACGGCUAAGGGCAAGCCAGAGCUGCAGAGCUCUGCUUCCCAGCAAAUGCUGAACUUCCCUGACAAAGGCAAGGAGAAACCAGCAGACAUGCAGAACUUUGGGCUGCGCACAGACAUGUACACAAAGAAGAAUGUUCCCUCCAAGAGCAAAGCUGCAGCCAGUGCCACCCGAGAAUGGACAGAGCAGGAGACACUGCUGCUCCUGGAGGCUCUGGAAAUGUACAAGGACGACUGGAACAAAGUGUCUGAGCAUGUGGGAAGCCGCACGCAGGAUGAAUGCAUCUUGCAUUUUCUUCGCCUUCCCAUUGAAGACCCAUACCUGGAGGACUCAGAGGCCUCUCUAGGCCCUCUGGCCUACCAGCCCAUCCCCUUCAGUCAGUCAGGCAACCCUGUUAUGAGCACUGUUGCCUUCCUGGCCUCUGUCGUCGAUCCCCGAGUUGCCUCUGCUGCUGCGAAGUCAGCCCUAGAAGAGUUCUCAAAGAUGAAGGAAGAGGUUCCCACAGCCUUGGUGGAAGCCCAUGUGCGCAAGGUGGAAGAAGCAGCCAAAGUCACAGGCAAGGCAGACCCAGCGUUUGGUCUGGAGAGUAGCGGCAUCGCAGGGACUGCCUCUGAUGAGCCUGAGCGCAUUGAGGAAAGCGGGACUGAGGAGGCACGGGCGGAGGGCCAGGCAGCAGAUGAGAAGAAGGAGCCCAAGGAACCACGGGAAGGAGGAAGCACUGUAGAGGAAGAAGCAAAGGAGGAAAUAAGUGAGGCUCCCAAGAAAGAUGAAGAGAAAGGGAAAGAAGGUGACAGUGAGAAGGAGUCAGAGAAGAGUGACGGGGACCCGAUAGUUGAUCCUGAGAAAGACAAGGAGCCAACGGAAGGGCAGGAGGAAGUGCUGAAGGAAGUGGCAGAGCCAGAGGGGGAGAGGAAAGCCAAGGUGGAGCGAGACAUUGGUGAAGGCAACCUGUCCACAGCGGCCGCCGCUGCCCUGGCCGCUGCUGCCGUCAAGGCCAAGCACCUGGCUGCAGUUGAGGAGAGGAAGAUCAAGUCUUUGGUGGCUCUGCUGGUGGAGACCCAAAUGAAGAAACUAGAGAUCAAACUCCGACAUUUUGAGGAGCUGGAGACAAUAAUGGACCGGGAGCGAGAAGCACUGGAAUAUCAGAGGCAGCAGCUCCUGGCCGACCGGCAAGCCUUCCACAUGGAGCAGCUGAAGUAUGCAGAGAUGAGGGCCCGGCAGCAGCACUUCCAGCAGAUGCAGCAGCAGCAGCAGCAGCAGCCGACCCUGCCCCCAGGCUCCCAGCCAUUACCUCCCACCGGGGCUGCUGGGCCACCCGCAGUCCAUGGUCUAGCUGUGGCUCCAGCCGCUGUGGCUUCUGCUCCUCCUGGCAGUGGGGGCCCUCCUGGAAGCCUGGGCCCUUCCGAACAGAUUGGACAGGCAGGGACAGCUGCAGGGCCACAGCAGCCACAACAAGCUGGAGCCCCUCAACCUGGGGCAGUCCCACCAGGGGUACCCCCCCCUGGACCCCAUGGCCCCUCACCGUUCCCCAACCAACAAACUCCUCCCUCAAUGAUGCCAGGGGCAGUGCCAGGCAGCGGGCACCCAGGCGUGGCGGGUAAUGCUCCUUUGGGUUUGCCUUUUGGCAUGCCGCCUCCUCCUCCUGCUGCUCCAUCCGUCAUCCCAUUCGGUAGUCUAGCUGACUCCAUCAGUAUUAACCUUCCCCCUCCUCCUAACCUGCAUGGGCAUCACCACCACCUCCCGUUUGCCCCGGGCACUCUCCCCCCACCUAACCUGCCUGUGUCCAUGGCGAACCCUCUACAUCCUAACCUGCCGGCGACCACCACCAUGCCAUCUUCCUUGCCUCUCGGGCCGGGGCUCGGAUCCGCCGCAGCCCAGAGCCCUGCCAUUGUGGCAGCUGUUCAGGGCAACCUCCUGCCCAGUGCCAGCCCACUGCCAGACCCAGGCACCCCGCUGCCUCCAGAUCCCACAGCUCCGAGCCCAGGCACAGUCACCCCUGUGCCACCUCCACAGUGAAGAGCCAGCCAGCCAUCUCUCCCCCUCACUCCCCAUGGAGAUCACAGUUCCAGGAACAGCCCUCCCCCACUUCUGGGACCCUCCCUCAGCCUGGAGAGUUCAUCACUACGUAAGGAAAGCUCCUCCUGCCCCUUCACCACCCCCACCAUGCCCAGCAGAGGUGUGCAGUUUUAUAUCCAAUUAUUAUCCACGGACUUCUGACUAAAAGAUGUUUCUAAUGCCUGGGAGAAAGGAUAGGAGGGAAAGAUGUUUAUACGAGGUUCUACUAACUGGUUCUGAGGGUGUACCCCUUCAGAAUUACUGCAUUUUUGAAAUGAUAACAUGAAAAUGAAACCCUUUAAAAGGGAGGUUUUAAAAAGACACAUCAGAGCCCACAAAAAACUUUUUUUAAUUAUUAUUUUUAGGGGAAAGGGCAGGUUUUAAGAGGAAUUAAAGUUUUGGGGCAAGCUGUGGAGAUGGAAUAGGGCACUGAGCCUGUCUCCCUGAGCCCCUUGGCAGUGCCGAGUCAGCCCCUCACCCAUUCCAGUUUAUUCAUACUAAUCCCUCCUGCUGCUCGUCAUGGUUGCUGUUUUAGGCCCAGCUCAGCCAAUGACCUUUCCCUCAGAGUGUCAGCUUUGUGUUUGUGUUUAAGUCACCUGCUUACUCAGUCAGCGUCUGUGUACUUGUGGGAAGUGUAGUUUGCGGGGAUUCUGUGGUAGGUAAUAGAGGAAGAAGGGGCCUCAGUCGGGCUCUUCUUCCUGCGUUCCUGGUUGUAUCUGUGAGUGCCCAACAGGCAUCAAAGGGCUCUAAGAGGAUGGGGAGUCUGCCAACCUCCAGGUUUGAAAAGCACUUAAGCACCUACCUUUGACAGUGGGACAGUCUGCUAACUUCUGCCCUCACCACCAAGUCCGACAGAGCCCAGGGAUAGCUAGGAGUUCCCAAAUGAGGACAAAGAUUUGGGAGCAGCGCAACGUGGCUCUGCUCCCAGGACUUCAGUGCCUCCGCACUCCAGGUCUCCCUCCUCACCCUCGGUGUGGAGGCAGACACAGUUCCAGGCCCACCAGUGCUUGGCCCCUCCCACCAGGCGCUCUGCUUCUCCUGUCCCAGUGUUUUCCUUCCUCUGCAUCUCCGCACCUUUCUUCUGUUCAAAGUCUUCUGUAAAAUUUUCUUUUCUUCUUUGUUCUUUUCUUUUUCCUUAUUUUUUAUAAAUUAAUUUGCUUUCA